AUCGUUUGAACUCGGUUUAUUGUUUCUACGCUCCGGACGAAAAGUUAAACUUUUUAUUAAAGUAUCUAUUAGUAAAUAGAAUCGCAGCAAAUUACAUCAUACACGGAUUCUAAACAAUUAUUAAUAAACAAAAAUGAAGAUAAUUUCUUUACUGUUAAUAGCAUUUAUCACAUGGCUGGAUUGCAGUCAGGCCCACAUUGCUAAUAUGGUUUGCUUCUAUGACGCAACAAAUGCACAGAAAGAUUCUAUGGCACUAUCAGAUCUUGAACCAGCUUUACACUAUUGUAAUUAUCUUGUCUAUGGCUAUGCUAAAAUAGAACCCGCUAAUGUUUUACAAGAACCAUCGAAAGUGCUUGUGGAUGCGAGUACAGGGCGUGAUCAUUAUCGCACAAUAACAAAUCUAAAAAGUAAAUAUCCGAAUAUACGUAUACUGCUAUCUGUUGGAGGUGAUAAGGAUAUCGAUUUGAACUACUUGGAAACCAAUAAAUAUCUACAGAUAUUAGAAGACGGAAACAACCGUCAAGCAUUUGUGGACAGCGCUGUACAGUUACUAAGAACAUAUGGGUUUGAUGGUUUAGAUUUAUCAUGGCAAUUUCCAAAGAAUCAUCCUAGAAAAGUUGUAAGUGGUUUCAAGAAAGUUUGGUCUACAGUCAAAGGCUGGUUUACUAGUACAAAAAAGGUUGACGAGAAGGCAGAAGAACACAAGACACAAUUUACGCAAUUGACACAUGCAUUACGAAGUGCCUUUAAUUUACAUGGUUACCUGCUGACGUUGACUAUGUUGCCAAAUGUGGACCCAGAACUUUUUAUAGAUAUUCCCAGCGUAAUAGAGUAUGUAAAUUUCGUGAAUUUGUGCACUUUUGAUUUCCAAACACCUGAACGUGAUCCUAAAAUAGCUGAUUAUUCUGCACCACUCUAUGAAAUGUACGAACGCGAUCCAACUCACAAUAUAGAAUAUAACGUACAAUUUUGGCUUAAUCGAACAACACAAGCCCAUAAAAUUAAUGUAGGUAUAAGCACAUUUGGACGUGCUUGGAUGAUGUCUAAAGAUUCUGGUAUAACUGGUUACCCACCCAUUGAUGACACUAGCGGCGCAGCACCUUUGAAAAAUUCUACUGCAAAUCUGGGUUUACUAAGUUGGCCACAAAUAUGUACAUUAAUUCAUGCUGAUAAAGAUUUAACUGGUGAAAAGGCACCAUUGAAAAAAGUGGGUGAUCCAACCAAACGUUUUGGUACGUAUGCCUAUCGCUCAGCAGAUGAUAAUGGUAACUACGGUAUAUGGGUGAGUUAUGAGGAACCUGCAACUGCAGCUAUUAAAGCAGGUUAUGUGCAUGCUCGCGAAUUAGGUGGUGUAGCACUAUUCGAUUUAACCAGAGAUGAUUAUAGAGGCGAAUGCGCUGGUGAAAGAUAUCCUAUUUUAAGAAGUAUCAAAUAUAAAUUGUAAGAGUUAUGAUUAAAAAAAAUAGAUAUACUUUUUUUUCUCUAAAACUUUUAAUAUAAAUGUGCAUAUAAUUAAUCACAAUUACUAAUCCCGAUAAGACAAGCAACCACUUUAUUUUAAUUGAAAGUAUCCUGCAGUCCACAUAAUGCGUGUCGGCUGCUACACGCCCUGAUUUUUUUCACUUCCUUAUUAUCUUAACCCUUGUAAUCUCUAAACAAAGUGCCUCAUAUUUUUCAGUCGUGUAAGUGCAUUAUUUUCAGUUAAAACGAAAUCGUCUUGUAACUCAUUUUGAUUGACUAAGACAUGAAAGCAACCAAGAACGUAAAUAAAUAUUGAUGCCAGAUUUUUGUAGCAUGAAAGACCUUUCAUGUGCGACAACCCUAAUUAGUCUUCAUCACUGCAACACAGAAACUGAAGUCAUUCUUCAUUCAUUCUUCAUUCAUCUUGGUAUAUGUAGUUCAGUGGAAUACAAUUCUUUUACCUUUUAACAGAUGAUUUUUAUCGAUAAUUGAAAGGA